CUUUGGGCUUUGGCCUGAGCUCCCGUCAGUUAUCAAGAAAGCGUGUGCUUUUACUUACCUGUCGUUCCGAACAGCUGGACGACGGAGCCCAUGCCUAAAACGUGGUUUCGAAAACGGCCAUGUCUCUCACACACAAACUCGCGCAAGGAGAAAAAAUACGGAUAAAAAUACACAAGCUAGCUCCUCCUAAAAUAAGGUGGCUGACAGCGCUGUUUUCUGAACUGUGAAAAUCAAUAUGGCAGCGCCCACCAUUCACGGGAACUUAGCUGUGGAAAAGUAUAGACAAAACUAGAAUUAAGUCGAUGUUUGCACCCCUUGAUUUUUAUCAAUUUUACACCAUAUCUGAACACACUACACUGGCAUCAGCGCCAUUCAGCGGUAAUCACAGCAAGUUGUUUUGGCGUUGUUGUCGUUCUCAUGUGAUCAUGCUUCGUGGAGAAUUAUGAUACCAGUCUUUUGCCUUGCAGCAUGUUGCAACAACCAACUCUCAGCCAAUCACAAGCCAUGUACCAUAACUCCCACCAACACUAAGUGGUGUGUGUCGUGUUCAGCCAAUCGGGCACCAUGUUCUUUGUGGUGUUUGUGUCGGUGCUCUUCGGUGCUUUCUGCAUGCUACUGAUGCAGAUGUUUUUGAUGUUCCUGUACUACAAGAACCAAGAGGUCCACCCUAUUCAACAUCGCACACAGUAUGAGAAGGCCAAGAUUCCAGAGAACAUUGACAUCUCCUCCUUAUUACACAAGACGGAAUCCUGCAAUGCCCUGAAUGUCUUGAUAUCGUUCCUCUUCCGUGAACUGAAGGAUGCCUCGUUUGUCCGUCGCUGGGUUGUCAGGAAGAUGAACGUUGAGUUCGAGGAACUUCUGACCACCAAGGCAGCCGGGAAGAUUCUGGAGCAGAUAACUGUUCAAGAUUAUUGUCUUGGGACAUCUUUUCCGACAAUCAAAUCUGUGACGUUGAUGAAAUGUCUUCAAGAUGAUCCGAAAGAAGUCCCUGAGGAAAUUGAUGUUGCAGCGGAAAUAGAAUACAACGGUGGUCUGAGGGUCUCAGUUGACGUGGAUCUAGUGUUUGGAACAACUGCCUAUGUGUCGGUCACUGUCACCAAACUCAAGGGUCGUAUUCGACUUCAGUUUAGCAGAAACCCAUACACACACUGGUCAAUGUCUUUCUAUGAUGAGCCCGAAGUAGAGUUUGAAGUGGAGAGUCAUUUUGAAGGUCGUUCAGUACCGAAGCUUGGAUCUUUAAUUGUCAGUCAACUCAGGAAAACAUUGAGAAAGAAGCACACCCUUCCAAACUAUAAGAUGCGCUACCAGCCUUUCUACGUCAAGCCGGCGCCUCCUCAUAGCAGUGGAGAUGUCUACGUUCAUGAUGCCAAGAUAACAACUGGCAAGAUGGCGGUCACAGUGAUUGAGUGCAGUAGGUUAUCAGUAUCAGCAGCGCAGAAGGGACUGUCGGAAAUCUACUGCACCUUGUCAGUCAACCCAGAUCCGUGGAACCAAGAAGAUAUUGUCCGCCGCUUCCCGGGGGAAACAUUUGAGGUGGAGUUGCCCAAAGGUGGCCCUCGAGUGGGCGUCACAUUUAGGACUGGGUACCAUGAGUAUGACGUGGUCAUUGCUUCCAUCAAUCGAGAUUCGCCGGCUGGCCAAACUGAGCUCAAAAAGGGGGACCUUAUUCUUGCAGUGGAAGGAAUUCGAGUGACAUCAACUAAACAUGCCGCUAAGCUCAUCAAACAAACCAAGGACAGGUGUCUAUUAAGAGUGCAGCGUCCUGCCCAGCCCAUUGAUAUGACCCAAACAGAUAGCCACACAACCACAGACAGUGGCACACAGAAGAAUGUUGAAGUGGUGGAUGCACAGCUAGACGACAAUGACUACGAAGAUUUCAUCAAUGUGAAAAUGAUGCAGACUCUGUUGGUGAGUGCUGAUGAGGUGGACCUCUUACCACGGGCACCCACUGCUCCAGGUGGUCUUCAAGUCCCAGCGACAGAUUCUCCAGUACUCCGUCGUCGAACUGGCAGCUCUGAUCCCACUUCUGCACCUGUUCGAAGACUUUCAUCCAGUCUUGACUACUCCACCCUGAGGAAUCUCUCCACAGCUGUGGAUCGAGAAAACAGACUUCAGAGCAUCAAGAUGCUGUUUAAGGAAUCUAUGCAGGCCAAACCGGGUCCGAGGAAAAAACAGAAACAGGUCAAGAAUCCAGUGAUUUCCAGUUUGCAGGGACAGGGGGACGCAGACAAUCAAGAGGUUGACCCUGACAAGAUAAGUCUUAACAGCUUAGCAUCUUUGCCUGAUGAGACUGAUAUGGCGGGAAGUUCCAAUACAGCAUCUGUGGUGACUGGAUCCUCUGCAUCCAUUGGUGGAGGGGACCAGGCAGCAACUUCUGAACCAGCAAACUCUGAGUUUUCAGGCUAUGAUGAUUUAUAUGAAACAUCUCUAGUUCCUGCUUUUGACGAACCACUCUGGGACGAAACUUUCACUUUUGAGAUUGACGAGUACGAUCGUUAUCUCAACGUAUGUGUGUGGAAUCGCAUCCCGCUUUCCAGUGGAACUAAAGACAUCUUGAUUGGUUACACAUGCGUACCGCUGAUGGAUGUGGCCUUACAGUGCCUCAACACCAAGGCUGGGGAACAUCUACAGCUGUGUAAACUACAUCCUCCGGAACAGAGGGCUGGGGCAACUCGGUUACCUGGCCAGUCCUACUUGUACCAACACUCUGGUUUUGAGAGCCGGCUUUGCUACGGUGACGUCACCCUCUUCUUCAAUCACACACCGUCUGGGGAACAACCUCCAUCCCAGGAAGAUCUAGACACGACCGAGUCUCUACUCAAAGAGCUCCAGAGUAAACACAAGACACUGGCAGAGGAAAGAUGGAAGACACUCAAUAAGACCAAAGGCAACAAGUACACAAGGCCGGAUGAACUUAAUUUAUUUCCAGGGUUACAGCAUAGGUUUGUUGGAACUCAUUUUUCAGUACCUACAAGAUGUGAUUUCUGCUCUAAAAAGGUUUGGACCAAAUAUGCUUUCAAAUGUCAGAUUUGUCAGUUGAUUUGUCAUAAGAAAUGUUCAGAGAAGACGCAAGCUCAACUACCAUGUGACAGAACCAAAGUGUGGCGGAAACCGGACCAGUCCUCCCCGCAGAAGGAUCUGAAGAAUCUAGACCCCUCCCCUCAGACAACGCCUACAACGCAGCGGCGGGGCUUAUCCCCGCAGCCCUCCCCCAACCCCUCCCCGGUCCCGUCACCUCAUGACUCCUCCCAGUCUUCGGACGAAGAGGAAUACGAUGAUAUCAACACGGCCGUCCGAGGUCUGAACCGACUGAAGAAGGAUCUCAGAGACCUGGCUAGAGCUGAAGGCAACCGCAUCGAUGACACCGAUGCUGUAUUCAUGACAGCUGCUAGAGAGCUCGGCCGGGAGUUGCAUGUCGAUCUUCCAAUUGAUGAGAGAAAGGAGAAACUGGAAGCAAUGGUAAGUAAACUUCAGAAGGAGAUAGACGCAGAGGUCGACCGUCAGCUGCAGUUGUCCCAAGAGAUCCAAGCCGACCAGCACCGACCCCAGCAGCGCCUCAGCCAGCAGCAACUCCACCAGCGCCAACAGCAGCAGCAGCGCCAUCAGCGCAAGACCAACAGCAUGUCCCGUAGUGAAGAACGCAUGCAGAUGCUGGCUGUCCUGAUGCUGCACUACUGCGCAGGCAUACAGCACUGCAAUGAGAUGCCGUCGCCGCCGCCAGUGGAGGAGCAGAAUGGAGAGGUGAAUGACAGCUGUGGGUAAGGUGUUGUAGUUGGUGUACAUCAUGGCAGUGUGAUGGCAUAUAACCCUAUAUCAUAGAGCUGCUUAAGCACAAAAUGUAGCUACAUUGUAAGUGCAACAAAAUCUUGCUUACCAGAAUUAGAAUACUAGCCAAACUACCAUGUUACAUGUGCAGCUUAUGACUGGUAACCUGCCCACUUCUGCCUAGCAGAAAAAUUGUUAUGCAAUAUGUUCUGCUUAAGCAGCUCUAUGAAAUUGGGCCCAGGUAAUAACGUUAGAUAGUCUCUCAGGCUUUGUCAUAGACCCUCGGCACAUUUUAUAAAGUAAGGCUAAAUGUUCUCCGAUGUUUUACCAUUUUUUGUAUGGUUAUAAAAUAAGCAACAUUAAAAAUGUACUUUACUUUGGAACAUUAAUAUACAACAUACUGAGUUUAGCGUCAUGAACUCGCGAAUCUCUAUAUGCAUUGGCCGUUGUACAAAGCGCUCUGCUUGCAUGUUGUGUCCCUUGUGUUGUGUAAUGCACAUAAAAUAAACCAGUGCACUUAUCAUUAAGAAAAGGGGUUCACCCUGGUAUGGUUGGCUGCAUUAAAAUUGCUUGCACUUGAACCAAUGUGUGAGUAUACUCUGGACGAGGUGUUUGUUUUAUUAUUAUUACUAUUUAUGGUUUGUUAAAAACGGUCAGUUUAUUUGCCAAAGGCAAAAUUACAUUGAAUUCGCAAUUGAAAGAUUACGUUAAAAAAAUUGUAUUGAGAGAAGGUGGAUCAUUAAUAGUACUCAAUAAAUUAUACAACAAAAGUAAACACUUUAAGUGGAUACAAAAUAAUGUGAAAAUUAGGUUUAAAAAGCAAAAACUAAAAGUUUGCACAGUACAAGAAGAUGAUGAUUAAGUGCUGGUCACUAUGUGAGCCACAAAAUUUAUGGUAAUGUGAUGUAUACAUGUAAAUUUGAAACACAUUAUUACCUUGAAAAUGUGCAAGGCUGAAAUCAUUUGAAAAAUGAGUUGUCAAUCUUGUCAAUUGUAAAAACAAAUACUCCAUAUAUAAGAGGAUAGUGUUCAUUAUUGUUUUAAUUUUCCAUUUUUAAUACAAUUUUAGUUUUACCGUUACACUGAUAUGUAUUAGCACUGCAUACUCAGUAUAUUCCCCAGUUCUGUGAAAAAUCAUAGGCCUAUUACUCGGUAGGAUUGG